AUGAGUUUUCCAGGAAUGACACCCCCCGUGGGAGGCAUGGCAGGAGCUGCCGGCAAUAACAUGCAAGGAAUGAACGAGCAAGAGCAAGCCAUGGUGAAAAUGAUGUACGCCGGGAUGGAAUCCUGUCCAGUCAAAACUGUCAUCUCCGGUACUAUGGGUUUCGGUCUUGGAGGAGUAUUUGGUUUGUUCAUGGCCAGCAUGUCCUACGAUUCCACCUUUACUCCCCAAGGAAAGGCAAUCGCCGACCUUCCCUGGCGCGAACAGGUCCGUCGCGGAUUCAAAGACAUGGGUUCCCGCUCGUGGUCGUCGGCCAGGAACUUCGGAAUUGUUGGUGCUCUAUACUCCGGCACGGAGUGCUGUAUCGAGGGACUUCGCGCCAAGAACGAUCUCACCAAUAGUGUCUCAGCCGGAUGCAUCACCGGAGGUAUCUUGGGAGCUAAGGCGGGUCCCCAAGCGGCCGCGGCUGGGUGUCUUGGUUUCGCGGCCUUCAGUGCUGCGAUUGAUGCUUAUAUGAGGAUGCCUUCGGAGGAGUAG